CUAGCAAGCAAUGGCAGAGGUGUGUUUGGUGGCAGACGAGCGUUGAAUGAAAAACAAAUCUUUAUGUAGCAGUUUUGGCGUCUAGGAGGACUAACAGAUUAUGAUGACCAGUGUGAAAUUUUCACAUCCAGGUGGUGAUGGCAGAUGUGAUUCAGUUUAGCAGAGAGGAUCUUUUUACUACAAGAAAAUGAUUGCAUCAGAUCAGCUGUCAGGGAGAGUGCAAAAGACCUCGGCAGGGUACUCAUAUAGACGUGUGCCAGUUGCCAGAUCUCCCACCAGAAGGUUGGAUGCUCUGAAAGAAAAACAUCAGAUGUUACUGGAGUCCAUGAGAAAGCAAUUUAACAUGGAAGUGAGUGUGGAUAGAAGAGAAACAGAGCAUCUUGGAGAGGAAUCAAUGAAAAUUGCCAAGAAGCAGAUAACUUCUGCCAGUAGUUGCAAACCCUUAUCCCCUGAACCAAGAAGUGAAGCCCAAGAUGCCAACAAGAGAGAGAGCAAAAGCAGCAGUGAAAUCCAGUUAGACUGUUAUGUCAAGCUCAUCCCACUGAGAAGUAGUCCACGAAGAAAUGCAAAAAGUACAAAGAAAGGGGAACGAGUAUUGGCAACAGAGACAGUCCACCUAGAUGUACCAAACACCUCUCCACAGUACAAGAAAAUGGCAGAUGUAGACCAGGUUUCAAACAGAUUACCAAAUGUCUCUGCAGGGAAUCCACAUAGACGAGUGUUAGUUCCCAGGUCUGCCACCAGAAAGCCAGGGGCUCAGAAAGACAAACAGAAGUUAUCAGAAUCAAAGUCUGUUGAUAGUAGAGAGACAUCCAAAGAGGGUCAUAGGGAGAAAGCAGUGAAAAUUGAGCAAAAGCAAUUAACUUCAUCCAGAACUUGCAAACCCAUUGCCAGUGGAUUUAGAACUGAAGCCCAAGAAAUCAACAAAACAAGAAGAAACGUAAAAGCUGCUGGAAAGAAGGAACAAGCUGUGCCAACAAGUACAGUGAAGCAGGAUAUACCAAAUGCCCCUGCACAGUGCAAGAGAGUGGCUGUUGCAGAGCUUCCAAAGGUUCAAAAUGCAUCAAGAGGACAGAUGUAUCGUCAGUGGCCUAAAACUGUAAAUUCUCUAACAACAACACAUCAUGUGAAAGAAAAGCGAAACAUUCUCAAAUCUGUGAGGGAGCAAUUUAACAUGAAACAACCAAACAAUGCUCAGGUAGAAGAGCCUGAUAAGCUGGGCACUUGCAAUGGAAAUAUAUUUAAGAUUCUAGAGUCCAUGAGAGAACAGUUCAAUGGGGAAAUGCCUAUGAAUAAGGACGUAGCAAGAAAAGAGACAGACAGAAAUAGUACUAGUGAAGGGCACUUGCCCAAGGAUAGCAGGUCUCAUUCAUGUCAGAAAGUCCCUCCAUUGUUAAAGCAAGGAAGCCAGGGCGUAACGAGUAUUAGCCCCAACAGUUCCGUUAAGAUGAGCAACAAGAGGAACAUUAUUGGUGAAAGAAAAGGGGGACCUGAGUAUCCAACAAUAGCAAGAAAGACAUCACAAACAGAGAGAAGAAAGAGGCAUUGCAAGGAAACAGCAAUCAUAUAGGCAGGAUGCUCCUUUACUGCAUAAAGCUGAGAUAAAACAACAACAGUAGCAGACACUGGGGGAUUCCUUGUGAAGGAAGGUUGCUGGACAUGCUUAUCAUGUAGCAUUGAAGGUCUUGGUCCAAAAUGUUUAUUAAGUAUUUUUAUUUUAGAAAUCUCCUUUUGCCAGAGGAAGGUGAUAUAGUCUGAUAUUUAUGGGUUAGUUUGUGGUUUGUCAGUAGGAUUAAAAUUCAAAGUUACUGACAUUGUGAAGGAAAUUUAUGGGUGAGUUGUCCAUUGCCCAAGGGACAGUCAGUUUGAUGAUGAACUGUAGGGUGAAAUCAAAAGAUUAAUGGACAGUAAAAUGCUUUAUAGAACAUGAACCUGCCAAGAAUUUUUUCUUAUAAAACAUGGUAGAUUUAUGUGUUGUUUGCUGGAUAUUUUUAUAAUAGGUAAGGUUACAAUCCAAGUAUUUCUAGUUUUAUACAGUAUAAUUGUUUUUUUGUCUUUCUGUAUUUUUGAUAGGACUUGAUAUACAAAUUAUCAAACCUGUUUGUCUUAUAGGAUUUGAUGUCAAGACAAAAAUUCCCUGAAGUUUGACAAAAACUGAUAUCCAUCUUGCCAAAAGUUAUGAACUAUAAAUGGAAUUUGAUAUGAAAAGUAACUGCUCUUAAUUAUGGGAAAUACAUGACAUGCUAAAAAUGUGUAAAGUGAUAAGAUUAAAAAAUUAAAAGACACUCAUGAUAAAUUCUGCUAUUUUUUCAUGUUACGCAGACAAUAGGACAACACAAAUGUAAAGCAUAGUUUCAAAGUUCUUUAACCCAUUUCUGCCAGGAACAUGUAAUAUCCAUUAAAGUUGUGUUUUGCAAAGCAUUUUUAUAUGUAGAUGGCUUCAUAAGUCCACAGUCACCAAGAAUAGCAGCCUCAGAAUAGUGGCCUCACCUGAUUUCACCUUUCCUUACCCCCAUCCCCCCCACCCAUACCUGUCAUGGGGGGGGGUUAAGAGAUGGAAACUGAGGCCCAGUGCUGGGGAUCACCCCUUCCUUGGGCCUUAGCCCUCAACUCAACUAGUUUGCACAAUCUUCUCUUCUUCCCUUUUCCUUUUCCUUCUCAUCUCUAUCCCCUUCUACUGUCCACUUCCUGUGUUGUUGAAAGGAUGAAAGGCUUACUCUGUGCCAGUCAUGAAUGGCCUAGGUGAGCCAUGGGCACAGUAUUCCCCUGUUUAUUUAUCUAGCCCUUACCCCUCAAAUGGAACCUCAGGGAUAGACAGUUUCUCUGCCCAACAUAUUCCAGGCUUACCAUGGCCAGUAAUGAAGAUUUUGUACCUUUAUUAGGGGCAUUGAGGCUUUCCCCUUUAUCAACUAGCCCCACUGAUCUUAAUUCCCAUGGUUCCCUGAUUACAGGCUCUCCUUUGACCAUGACUCUGAGCACUAUUACUAUCCCCUCGUCAGUACCUACUGUCCACAGUAUUACAUCACUCAACACCACUCACUCUUCCACAAGACCCGUCCAUCUACUACCCCCACACCUACAAACCUUAUGAGUACUCUGCUGAGCUCAGCCAAAUGCAAGAAUUUUUUUGUGAUUUCCUGUACAGCCUCUUCCUCUUACAACACUCUUCUCUUCCAGCAAUGCCUCCAAAAACAAGCAAAAAAGUUUCCUUAUGCAGCUGAAUCCCAAUCUGAAGCAUUAUCUACUCUAACUAACUUCACUGUCAAACCCAUUCAUGCACAUUCCUCUCUCAAUACUUGUACCAGAACUGUCUCCAUCUCCCUGGCAGACAACCCUGUCUAUGGCAAGAAUUGGUCAGACUGGGAAGAAGACUUACUCUCCUGCUCUGUUGGCUAUGGUGCAGUAUCAGUACAAUGCUACAUUAUUCCCCCUAGAGGCUGCUGUAAGUUCUCAAUCAUUAUUGCCAAGAUUACUUUCCAUAAACAUGACCUUCCCAUGAUGUUUGUGUUGGCAGAGAGUCCCUCCUUGUCCGACCAUAUCAACUCCCCUCCACAACUUUAUACCUUCUGUGUGCCCAACCUGGUCAUGAUUGAUCAAACUGCUCUGCACAAUCAUGCAUAUGUGUCAAUUGUGGUGACUCCCACAUGUAUUUUAUAGAGAUUGCCCUAUCUACAAAUUUGAGUCUUCAGCUUCAAACUUUGCCUCACUUUACAUGAGGCCAGACAGGAAGUGCGCAAAUGAGGUUUUUCUUGUAUUCUCUACUUUAGUGCUGUCUUUCGAUCCACCCCUUGUAGUGAACCUCUACUGAAGGUGAGGUUCCAGGUGAAGCUUUUAACAAUGGUAGCAUGGUCCAGUAGAAAGAUUGUUUCUGCUCUUACAUUUAUUCACUGGUCACAAGUCACAGACAACACAAAUGCAUGAAUACAAUUAAUUAUGCUUAUUACAUGACCAGUCUUGACUUCUCUGUUGCUCUGACCCUGCAUCACUGACACUGACACCACUGACUCUCCUCCACUCUCUAUUUCUGAAAGUGAGCACCAGGUUUUUAUAUAUAAUUGGGAGCUGCGGCUACCUCCCCUACUUACCUACUGACCUACGCAGACCUGCUGAUGUCAGUUGUCAGUGAGGGCUAUCAGUCAUCUGUCAUUAAUCCUAAACAAGAGGUCAAGCAAACGUCAACCUUCAGUGAGGUCCAGGUAUCUUCAUAAGACAUUUACACCCCUAAAUGUUCCACCCCAUCGUCUCCUGCCAUUUCUUCUCCUACAUCAGCCGCUUCCUUUGCCCCUCAAACGUUUGUCCCCUCUUCUCCCCCUCAUAAGAAAACCUUUGUUUCCCAGACUUCCCAACCUACUCCACUUCAGAAACUCCCAAGGACAUUCAAAACCAUCUUGUCAUCACCCAGAAUAACAUGACUACAUCUCAUCCCUCCCCCAGUCUCACUGCUCCCAUUCUCUCCACACUCAAAGUGACUGCUGACAUCCAUCCUUAAUCCAUUAACCAUUAACUUUUCUUUGAAUAAUCAUUUGAUUUUUUUAAUAUUAUUAUUAUUGUCAUUAUGAUUAUUAUAAAGUUAUUAACAGUACCAAUAGCAGUAUUAGAUUUUAAAAAAUAUAUAUAUUUCCAAAAAUCAAGGAAAAGGGAUGACAGGUGAGAUAGGUACAACCAAUAAUUGACUCCUUGAUGACUUGUCCUUUUGUAGAAUCAUCCACGUGUAAACACUAUCGAUAAAUUAAACUCAUAGUGGGUAUAAUAUCUACAUACAGCAAGUACAUCAACUGCAACUUAAUCAUUGCACACAAGAAUAUACACAAGACUGUAUUUUUUUGCAGCAUUUAAUAGUUUUGAUGUUUAUUGACUUUCUUUUACUUAAGACAUUAUUAAAACAUUUUUUAUGUAACCAUUAGCACUAGUUUUGACUGACUUUAUAUCGUGAUUAAAUCAUGAUAAAUGUAACGACAAAUAAGAAUUGCUGUUGGACUAUAUACCCAGAUCUUUUCUACUGUCUUUCCUCCUCUCAGAAAAAUAACCUCUCUCUCUGUCUUUUUUUUUUCCGUUAGAUAAGAUGUGAUCCCAUAGGUGAGUAAAAAUGUCUUGCUUUAUAUUGGUUUGUGGCACUGAUUUUAAAUAAUCAGAUUAUUGACAUAUCUUUAAAAAAAAGGGAAUAAAAAACUGAUGGGUGAGUUGCCAGUUCCUGUUUAUACAAUUAAAGGUGAUUGAAAGUCAUAGGGAAUCAAGACAUCUUCACCUCAGGUAACUACAUGCCAUCCCUGGUGGCAGUGGGUUAAAUAUUACUAAAACUAAAAAAGUAAGUUGAGAAAAUCCUCCCUAAACUACAGAGAAAGACAUUAAGAAAGGUGAAAUUUCUUUUCUUUUAUUUCCUUGUGAUUCACAAGAUGUACUUAUUUGCUUGUGUGAUGAUGUAAUGUGGAUUUGUCUCGUGUGGUACACUUUUGUAAUUUUAAGAUUUUAACUGCAUUUUAUAGAGACACCUUUCUCCUGAUGAUCUGGUGCUUAUCAAUUUCCUUUAACCAUGAUGUUGCCAAUGCUUAAAUUUGCACUUUGACAUUCCAGUAAUGUAAAUCUUGUACCUAAAUAGCAAUAUAUUUUUCUUACCCAUUCAGGCAGUAUGUACCUGUUUUACAGUAGUUAGCGGAUUGCAGUUUACUGGAUUUUUUAUUGAUCCAGCCAUAUUCCGUCUACUUGUGUAAUUAUGUGAAAGUUUCGAUAUGCUGUUAAAAUGUAUUAACAAACAUAUGGGUUAUGAGACAAAAAAUAUAUGUAUGUUUGUGGUAACACUUGCUCACAAAAUUAGUUUUUUAAGUAUAUUUUUUUAUGAGGGAUCAUGAAAAAGGGACUAAUAAAUGUCAUUUCUUUGCACUUUUCUGAACCCAUUUUUUACAGGAAAUGUUUUGCACUGGGGUGAUAGUUCUUUGAACCUUUCUGUAUAUUUUGUCAGCAUGGAAUGUUUCUCCCAAAUGAAAACAUUUAGAAUCAUUGGAAAAUUUAGUUUUUGAAAAUCUUAGAGCCAUUAUAGGUAUGUUUGGAAAACUAUAAACACAUAUAUGUUUUGAGGGAGCUUGGUUUUCUGCCAAUUCUAAAUGGAAAAAAAAAAAUUACUUGUGAUAUGUAGUUGCCUUAUCUUUGGAAAUGGUUACGAGUGUCUUACACAUUCUCAAAAUUGUUGUGCAUUAAAUGUUGUUUUGGUUAUGUCUAUGCAAGUAUGUACUUUUUUUUUUUUUUUUACAUCAGCGGAGCCGUUGAUGGCUAGAAAUCUUAGAUGCUUUUCUUUAUUGGGAAAUUCUUAUGUGUAAGAAAAGAAAAUUUAUUCAAAAAUAUUUUUUAUUGUAUAGUAAAUGCAAAUUUUGGCAUUUUUAUAUCUUUUCAAACUGUAUUUUAAAUCUCUAU